AUCUCUGGCAAGGCAGUGUCCGUACUUAACUUCUUCUCCAUCUAGCGUCAAAAAAAAAAACUUCUUCUCCAUUUUCCUUCACGCCGCAAUCAAGAGAACGAAGGCGCCUAGGGUUGCGGCUUCCAUCUUGCCACUCCAGCGGCUCAUCCCAGCCAGCCACGCCCCAUUGACGGCCUCCUCCAUUCUUCUCUGCACCGGCCUUGUCCCCGUCUUCCCCGCCCUGUUCCAGCUCCCCUCCUGCCGUGCGCCUUGAACUCCUCGGAUCAAACCCAGCUUCCCCUCUGCGUAAUCGUCCUGAGUGGUAACUACGGUCUGACUUCCCGUUGCCUGACCAGGUAACCCGAUUCCCUCCUCCCUUCUCCCUCCCCCGGUCCUUACUGACCCUUCUUCCCUUGUGUUAUUUCUUUCUUCUUAUUUUUUUCCUUCAAUCAUUGUGCAAUUCGUGUUUAUAGUGAGAUUAUAUAUGCUUCCAAUGCAGGUUGUGUUUGUGAAUAAUGAUGAUUACUUGGUUUGUAGUGUAUAUUGUUAGUUUAUAAGGUGGAAUUGAGUUAGUUUGCAAGGUGUUUGUGAGAAUGCUUAUAUGAUAAAAAAAAGAACAUGUAUUCCAUAGAAAUUUACAGUCAGAACUCUGAUAGGUCAUAGGAUGUGUGAUCCGCUAGCCAAAGGAAUGCCCGAUGCAACCAAUCGCCAUCGGCAUGAAGUCGGGCAUUGGAGCAGGGAGCACUCCGCCCUUGUAUCCGCUGGCAGCCCGACUUGGAUUCAAAUAGUUAUUCAGUUAUAUGCUCAAGUUAUAUUGGUUCUUUAAAUUUAAGGGCUCUUUUUUCAUUUCGCACCGGGCCCCCAAAUUUCUGGAGACGGCCCUGCCACCGAGCAGCGUCCCCGCGCCCGCACGCUACCACCUCGCGCUCGCCUCGUCCUCGGCUGCUCGGCACUUCGGCAGGCACGACCAGGACCGCGCUCGGAGCACGCUGACCGCCGUCCAUCGCAACGGCCCGGGUCGCAACAGGCAGCACGCAGGGGCCAACGCCAGUCCACUGGGCCUAGCUUGUUACAUUUGCAAAGGACAAAUUCUGGCAUGAAUACCACUCAGAAAGUUGAUCCAGGGGAACCAGCUGCUAAGAUUGCUCAACAAGCCUCUCAGUUCAAACGAUGGGGACGCAGACAUCCAUUUGUUCGAUAUGGUCUUCCACUCAUUUCGUUGACAGUGUUUGGUGCGGUUGGUCUAGCUCAUCUUAUACAGGGAAGCAAAGAAGUAACAAAGGAAAAGGAGGAUAUGGAAUGGGAGGUCGUAGAGAAAACAAAAGCUCUGAGCCGAACAGGACCGGUUGAAGGGGCCUAUAAGCCUAAGAAGCUCUCACUAGAGGAUGAACUCAAGGCUUUGCAGCAAAAGGUGGACAUAAACAGCUACGACUACAAGAGAAUUCCCAAACAAAAUGAAAACAAGUGAAGUAAAGCACCGGUUAUCAUGCUAAGGAGUGGGAGAUUUUCUUAAAAGCUCUGAAGUAGUUUCUUCAUAUUGUUACUUCAUAAGUUCCUUGGGAUGCUGUCGAAGUGUUAAAAUGAGAUUAUGGAGACAUUAUCAUCAGAGAACUCUGUGCUUCAUCAGCCACCAGCAGUCGAGACUUAGGUCGAUGAUCCUUAUGAAGGCUUGAACCGUAGGAAUCAUCUUUGUAGCAAUAGGAGAUGGACGUUUUCACAGUCCGCCCAAGUGAGUUUCUUUUUUUGAGUUGAUCGAAUACCGCCUUCAUUAUCAAGGGGCCAAUAAAUUGUAACAGAGUACUCUGACGUGUGAACAAUCAGAUUUUGUAUGCCAUUCCUUGGAAGCUACUCCCUCCGUCCCAUAAUAUAAGAGGAGCCAGAUCCUCUAACAUGCUCAAGGAAA